AUGAGAACUAAAAGUUUAAUUUGCCAAUCCAUAAAAUCUAUUUCAGGAUUAAGAAACUUUGAUUUAUUUCUGCAAAUGAUCUAUGCAAAUCUAUGCAAAUUAUCUAUGCAAAUGAUUUGGCCUAGCGGUACGAGCGUAGGAGGUUUACUGAAGAUCCCAGAAUGGGGACGAAGAAGGAUGCAGAUGAUGACACAGGAUGUAACAUGA